AUGUGGUCUUGUAUAACAGACUUCUUCACCUAUGAAACCACCAAGUCAGUCGUGGUGAAAAGCUGGACCAUUGGCAUCAUCAAUCGUGUCGUCCAAGUCCUCAUCCUCACUUACUUCAUAGGGUGGGUGUUUCUUGUUGAAAAGGCCUAUCAAGUAAGGGACACAGCUAUUGAAUCCUCAGUGAUGACCAAGGUCAAAGGAUUUGGAGUCUACAAUGACAAGGUCAUGGAUGUUGCAGACUACGUCACCCCGACACAGGGAGCUUCAGUCUUUUGCAUUAUCACCAAAUUGAUCACUACAGAGAACCAAGUCCAAGGAUACUGUCCUGAGAGUGAGAAGAAGUAUGCUUGUACCCAGGACAGUAACUGUACAAGGUACCUCAACAAACCAGGAAGUUAUGGAAUUCUUACAGGGAAAUGUGUUCCUUUCAACUCCACUAUCAAGAUGUGUGAGAUAAAGGGAUGGUGUCCUGCUGAGAUCGACACCAUCAAGACUACGCCAAUGAUGGAAGUGGAGAAUUUCACUAUUUUCAUUAAGAAUAGCAUCCGAUUCCCAACCUUCAACUACACCAAGGGCAACUUCCUUUCAACCAUCACUGACGAUUACAUCAAAAAAUGUAACUUUGACAUGAUCAACAACACUUACUGCCCCAUCUUCAAAGUGGGGGAUGUCGUCCGCUAUGCGCAACAGAACUUCACUAAACUGGGAGGAGUGAUUGGAAUAAAGAUCGGCUGGAUAUGUGAUCUGGACAAGUCAGAUGACCAAUGUAACCCCUCAUACUCAUUCACCCGACUGGAUGCCAUGUCACAGAAGAAUGCUGUCUCACCAGGCUACAAUUUCAGGUUUGCCAAAUACUUUAAAAUGGAGAAUGGGACAGACUACCGCAUUCUGGUCAAAGCCUAUGCUAUUAGGUUUGAUGUUCUAGUCAAUGGAAAUGCAGGGAAGUUUAACAUGAUCCCGACACUCAUCAACAUGGUGGCAGCGUUCACAUCAGUGGGAGUGGGCACGGUGCUGUGUGACAUCAUACUGCUGAACUUCCUGAAAGGAGCAGAGCAGUACAAGGCCAAGAAAUUUGAAGAGGUGUCGGACAGCCCACUGGAUUCCCAAAGCAACGGGUUUUACCGUUCACAGUUGUCACUCCGACAUAACGAGACCAUCAUGAGGUCCAGUGACUCUGGGGCAUUUUCUAUUGAACAUUACAACUACAGCCAAUAGUCUGACAGUGUUCAGGUUUCUCUGAAAAUAGUAAUGUAAUUUAAGUUUUAGCAAUUUUAUGCAUUCAGGGCCACUUUUAUAUAAUACAUUACCUCAACAUUACUUAUAUGUUCAUGUCAGUGUCAAUAGUUGUGAUGUUACCCAGGGCAAGUACAAUAUUAAAUACGAAAGUGUGAGUGUCUUUGCAUGAUA